AAUACAUAAUACAAGCAAAAGUAAUAUUUUAUUUGUUACGAAGAUCGAUGGAUAUAGAAAUCGGUUUUUCUAAUUUAAUUGCAACAAAACAUAUUUUAAGCCUUUCGGUAGGCUUUUAAGUAAUAUGGAAAUAUAAACAGAUUUCUCCUACGCAUUCGCGGUUGAUAUUUUCGUGCCACGCGCAUACGGUCACACUCCACCACCCCCACUUAUUUUGUUAAAGGGGAAAACAAUAACAUUUCCGGCGUAUUCCGUGUGCCAUCUGACCAAAAUGAGGCUACAGCGGCAGUGCAUUGUGGUCAACAUGCGAUCGGCCAUUGUCCUGAUCAUGAUCUUCGUACUGACGGGGAUCAGGAACAGCGAAACGGCCAGCGGUGGAAACCAGAUGGAUUUAUCGGACGCAAAAGGCGAUCACAAGGACAACAGCAAUGCAAGCAAUGGCAAUGGCAAUGCCAAUGCCAACGAUAACGAGGUGUACGUGCCGCCAUUGGUGUCCAGCAUGGUGGCCAAAAGCGGAGGAGGAGCCGGUGGACUCCUGGACAACAUAACCGCCUACAGUAGCAGCAGCAGCAGCAGUAGCAAUGGGAACAACAACAUGCUGUGCCCGUACGAUAAGGAAACGCCCUGUGAUCGCUUGCAGUUUCCGUGCAUACGAUGCAACUACAACCAUGGAUGCAUCUACGGCCGGGACUUGAAUGUCACCUGCGAGGUGAUUAACAAUGUCCAGUGCCUGGGCGAACGGAGUUUCCAGCGACAAAUGAACUGCCGAUAUUGCUACCAAACGGAAAUGUGGCAACAGAGCUGUGGCCAGCGCUCCAGUUGCAACUCGGCGACGGAUAAACUAUUUCGUACGAACUGCACCGUGCACCAUGAUGUGCUCUGUCUGGGUAAUCGAUCCUUUACCCGUAACCUGCGCUGCAACUGGACGCAGGGCUAUCGCUGGAGCACAGCCCUGCUGAUUAGCCUCACGCUGGGCGGCUUCGGAGCCGAUCGAUUCUAUUUAGGCCACUGGCAAGAAGGAAUUGGAAAGCUGUUUAGCUUUGGGGGCCUCGGCGUCUGGACCAUCAUCGAUGUCCUGCUAAUCUCGAUGCAUUAUUUGGGGCCAGCGGAUGGCUCACUUUACAUAUAGUUUAGUUUUACAGGGGUUAAUAGAUCAUAAGCUAACUUUAUCCAUUACCGUGUACAUAAUUACGAAUGCAGACUUAACCAUUAGAGAUGAAAUAGGGAUCGUCACGAAAAACCUGUACAUAAAUAAUUAGGAAAUGUAUUCUAUUUACUACGCUAAAAUUGUUUUUUGUGCCUUUUAUUUAGCACAAUGUUACGAAGUCCUUUUAUCAUUACUUGGUCGUAUCAAUAAAUAAGUGAAAUAGAACAUAUAACCAUCUCCCUCUUGUUCCUGUA